UGUAUUUGUAUGACCUUAAUCUACCUUGUACUAAUUGGUCUAUUUGGGUCAGUUUUCAAUGUCAGUUCCACUUUUCACGAAAUAGAAGAAAAGUCAUAAAGAAUUCAUGUAGCCUACAUCAAAAAUAUAGAAAUGGAACAUUUACGAUAAUCCACAUUUUAAUUCCACAGUGACAAACAAUGGCAUUUAAAAAAUCCAUAUUGAGUGUAUUUAUAUAUUUGAUUGCUUUAACAGCUAUUAUUAUAAUUCAGUGUGAUCAAUUGGGCCUUCGUUUAUUUCUUUGUUUGGGCUUAGACAGUCUUCGUACAAGGUAUGGCCCAAACGUAAUGCUUCAUUGUUUUUGUUUAUGUUCAUUGCUCUAUCCUUUGCUAUAACUAGUUCUUCUUGUGUUUAGUCUUUUUCUAGUAUUUUGAACAAGUGGCUUCUAUUGUUCAUUAUACUACUAUUCUAGAUUUAAUUUUAGGUCUUAGAGCGAUUGGAAAAUUUGAACUUGCAUUUGUUUUAAAUUCCUAUUCAUAAUUGAUCAUCGAUACCAAUUACCGAGCUCAAAUCAGCCAUCAUUUUUUCAAUUUAAUGUCAUACCUUUAGUAUAAAAUUUUCCAAGGAAUAUUUGAAGGACGCAUGUUACAAUUAUAUAUCAUACUAAUUUACUGCCAGGCAAUUGGGCAAGUUUUCACUCCAUCUUAUUUUUCAUAUCGUGGUGCAUCUUGUUAAUAGACGAGCUAUUAUUAUUCAUAGCUUAUUAUUAUUUUUGUAAUUCAUCCCAUCUCAAAGCAGUUUUUCCAUAGCACACCAAUGGCAUUAAUUCUGAACUGAGAGUAGCCUUUUCCGUAUUAAAAAAAUAUAGAUCAGACUGGAAUGAUAGUCCAAAUUUUUGGGUUCCUAAAUGAUGAAGAUAACCGUAUAUUGAUUUUUGAUUUAAUAAUGUCUUUUUCAAAGUGAAAAUUCCCACACAGCGUAUUUUGAAAUUAAUUUUUUACAGUUGAAUAUCGCAAAUUUGUGUUCGUAUUGUUUUCAGUUAUUGCAAAUAUUUUGGGCAAAUUUGCUUCAGUUUUUACUAUCAUACUUUAUGAAUAUUUCCAUUUGUUGUGAAGAAGUGAAGAAUUGUUUUUCAUUUUCUGAAUAUGUACAAAUCAUACAUUUAGCGAAGGCCUAAUUCUUGUGAUCGGUAAAUUUUUCUUUAAUAUGUGCCUCAUCUCUGACUGUAUAUGCCGAGAUUAUUUGUUGAAAAGUUAUUUGAAUAAUAAAGAUAUCAUUUCUGUUUUAUUAUCAGGUUUUAAUUAAUUAAUUAGUUAAUUUUGCUGUCUCGUUCUCACCAAAUUUAACUAUCAUCAUGUCUGUACAUAGUGUGGAUCAUAUGGGACCUCCUGAUAUUGAUGAUGGUUACCGUGGUUACGACAUUGAUGAGGAAGGUCAAGUUGUGGAAUUCUACGAUCACACAAAUGAAUCGAGCGUCCAUGGUGGUAACAGUGGAAUUAGUGGAUCUAAACGAUUGUUGGCGGACCCACCUCCUGCUCAGAAUAUAGCUGCAUCACGCAAAAGAGCAGUUCGUAAAAGUGCUGGAUGUUGUUCUAGUUGUGUCGGAUGCUUGAUUACUAUUGGUAAACUGCCGAUUGCAUCUGCCAUAUGCAUGAUAUUGAUGUGGGUUGGCACAGGAAUGUUUAUCGGUGGAGGGUGGGCUGUUCUGGACGAAACACAAGCACUUUAUCAACGAUAUGGUCCAACAAAUGGAAACCCAGCACGAGAUCCACCACCAGAAUAUUUCUUAGUUGGCGGUGGACAAAGCAGUCUCGAUAAUCGCUAUGAACUACGGAAUCCUGAGGAUCUUGGAAACAGAGUUCCUGAAGUGUUUCUCGGCAUCAAACGAUCGUUUUGUGGCAUUAUUGCUUUUAUGUUCGUUUUUUCCAUUAUUGUUGUGGUUGAUGGUUCACGGAGCACUCAUGAAAUUCAUUCUUCUACUAGAGGUUGCAAGAGCUCAAGCGCUGGUGUGUGUUGUAGUGUUUCUAUCAUAUUCCUGUCCUAUGGGCUUUUACUUGGAUGGGUGUUCUGGCUCUGUUUUGCGACACUCGGCGUCUAUUAUUACAGAGUAGUCAUGCUUCGAUGCGAUGAUAUGGAACAUCGUGGAUUUUCUGAAGGUGUGAAGAAAGAUAUUUGUCUCGAUCUUGUACAGUUCGGUAUCGUUAUGUUUAAAAACACAAAUGAUCAAGAUUUCGGAAAAAUUUGCGGACCAGGAGACAGCAGUAGGCGCACUGUCGGACAACUACAAGAUUAUUGUGACAACUAUUCCCACGCCUGGCAACUUAUGCUCGUUUGUUUCUCUGGAGCUCUUCUCAAUAUAAUAGCUAUGAUGCACUCAUUAAUGAUUGUCACUGGAAACUACAACAACCUUCAGAGACGAUACAUGAGACCGCGGCAAAGCAGGGCCCAAACUGUAGCGUCUUACUCCCCUGCAAUGACCCAUCGUACAGCAGUUAGCAGCAAUGCUACUGCUCCUCCAUUCGUGGUUGGAACAAGAAAUGGAUCUAAUGGAGAAUACAGAAGGCGUCGUUCAAAAGAUAUUGAGAUGGAUCACUUUGAUGAUGAUGGAAGAAUGCCAACUUACGACGAAGCGGUAGGAACACCAAGUGCCUCUUACAUUCCACCGCAGAGAUUCCAAAAAGAUAGUCAUGUUGGUGUAGAUUACUAUUACAAAAGAUACUAAGCAAUGCUUUUAUAGACCUCAAAGUUUGGUCACUUCCAUUCUUGUAUAUAAUUUGAUCAAAUGUUUCUGGAACAUGCAACUUAUAUUGCAAAUUUUGAUAAACAUGUUACGAUGAGCACUCAAAUAUAUUGCAUCAAUGUUUAGUACAUGUGUUUGUUAUACACAUACUGCCAAC